GGCGGAUGGAGCGGCGCGCUGCAUUGUGGGAAGCGGAAGCAAAGCGGAAGUGAGGCCUGCUCGGUGCCGAGAAGCCUGUGGCGUAGAAACGGCAGCUGUCGGGGCUGGCAACUUCGGUAAAAGAUCAUGGAAUCUGGUAGUAUGGAAACGAUAGCUGCUAACCCUCCUGGAGGGUCAAAUGGCUUAGAAGAGCCUAAGAAGAUGACCAGGGAGGACUGGAGGAAGAAAAAGGAAUUGGAAGAACAGAGAAAACUAGGCAAUGCACCAGCAGAAGUAGAUGAAGAGGGAAAAGACAUCAACCCUCAUAUUCCUCAGUACAUUUCCUCAGUCCCAUGGUAUAUAGAUCCUUCAAAAAGGCCUACACUAAAGCAUCAGAGACCUCAGCCAGAGAAGCAACAAGAAUUUACAUUUCUAGGGGAAUGGUAUAAGCGAGGAGUCAAAGAGAAUUCUCAUGCAACCAAGUACCGCAAAGGAGCGUGUGAGAACUGUGGUGCCCUUACACACAAGAAGAAAGAUUGCUUAGAGAGACCUAGAAAGGUUGGAGCCAAAUUCACAGGAACCAACAUUGCACCAGAUGAGCACAUGCAACCGCAGCUGAUGUUUGACUAUGAUGGAAAAAGAGACCGUUGGAAUGGCUAUAAUCCAGAGGAGCAUAUGAAGAUUGUAGAAGAAUACGCCAAGGUUGAUUUAGCUAAACGCUCACUGAAAGUGCAGAAGCUCCAGGAGGAGCUGGCUUCAGGAAAGCUGACGGAGCAAGUGAACUCCCCGCGACAUAGAUGGGGAGAAGAGGAACCAAAUUCACAAACGGAAAGAGAUCAUAACAGUGAAGAUGAAGAUGAAGACAAAUAUGCAGAUGACAUUGAUAUGCCUGGACAGAAUUUUGACUCCAAAAGGCGUAUUACAGUCCGAAACCUGCGUAUUCGGGAGGAUAUCGCUAAAUACUUGCGGAAUCUUGAUCCCAAUUCUGCAUACUAUGAUCCUAAAACCAGAGCAAUGAGAGAGAAUCCAUAUGCCAAUGCCGGAAAGAAUCCAGAUGAGGUCAGUUAUGCAGGUGACAACUUCGUUCGUUACACGGGGGCUACCAUUUCUAUGGCGCAAACUCAGCUGUUUGCCUGGGAAGCCUAUGAAAAGGGCUCUGAAGUUCAUCUUCAGGCAGAUCCUACAAAACUUGAACUCUUGUAUAAGUCCUUCAAAGUGAAAAAAGAAGACUUCAAGGAGCAGCAGAAAGAAAGCAUCCUGGAGAAGUAUGGAGGACAAGAACAUCUGGAUGCCCCACCGCCUGAGUUGCUGCUUGCUCAGACGGAAGAUUACGUGGAAUAUUCUAGACAUGGAACAGUUAUUAAAGGCCAAGAGAAGGCUGUUGCUCGUUCUAAAUAUGAGGAAGAUGUAACUAUCAACAACCACACAUGCAUUUGGGGUUCCUAUUGGAAAGAAGGCAAAUGGGGAUACAAAUGCUGCUACUCAUUUGUAAAGUAUUCGUAUUGCACAGGAGAAGCUGGACGGGAAAUUGCUAAUGCUGAUGAGGAAUUGCCCAUUGAAGUGCCUGAGGAAGAGUACGUGACCAAACAAAGAACUCUAGUGGAGAUGCAUCAGGAAAAACAAAAAGAGGAGAAGAAGAAAAAGAAGAAAAAGCACAAAAAGAGUACAGGUUCUGAUAGUGAAGAAGAUAGAAAGAAACAGGAAAAAUUAAAGAAGGCACUAAAUGCUGAAGAAGCCCGUCUCCUUCACGUGAAAGAAAUAAUGCAAUUAGAUGAGAGAAAGAGGCCAUAUAACAGCAUGUAUGAAAGCCGAGAACCAACAGAGGAGGAAAUGGAAGCUUAUCGAAUGAAGCGCCAGCGGCCAGAUGAUCCUAUGGCCUCGUUUCUGGGGCAGUAACUUUUAUGAAAGAACUUUCAAGCCCACAGGACUUGGGUGUUGCUUUUAUAUUUGAUCACCAAGUAGAAAACCUGUCAGUUUCCUGUAUUGUAUUGUGUAUGUGUAUAUAAAUAUGGCAAUGUUUCAACUGAAAAAAGUGAGUGUACAGUUUACAUCUUGUGUUUCCUUUGUAAAUGCAAGUGUUUUGUCAGCCAUAACCUGCUGGUUGCAGUUAUGAUGCCCAGUAGCUUUAUUAAUACAAAAAGGCAAUGUUCUUCUCACUCAGAAUGUGUCACAUCCCCAAACAAAAAAUAGCAGGAGUCACUAUUUCUGCUGUUUGAAGGGAACAAGAGUUUGGUACUUUCCACUUUGCAAAUACACAGUUGUAACCUACUUUUAUGUAUAAAUUAACUCAGUACAGUUGAAGGGGGUGUAUUCUUAUCAGAAGUUAACAGAAUUCUACUCUUGUGAAACCAUUCUGGUUAAAAGCUCAGACAGCUUCUCAGGAGAAUUGGAUGAGAUUUCCAAGUAUCUCGUGUGUCUUAAAUGUGUUGCUCUGGGAGUUAGCUAUCAGAACAUCUUCCCCAAUUGCUCUGCAUCCAUCAUCUAAAGUACCAGUUCCUUUUCUUUCCUCCCACCCUCCGAGCUUGCAUGCUGGAAGCACAGGAUUGUGCUCACAGUUGUCAGCAAUAGCUGUGGCAUAUAACGUUAAAUGCUCAUUUUUCAGCACAGGUGAGCUGGAUUCUAAGUGUAAUAGAUAAUGAACCAGA